GCGAUAGAAAAUCUUUUGAGUUUAAUGCUUUCAGGAAGACUGUACUGUGGGUAGUUUACGAACAAAACGAUUUAAAUUUAUAUGUGGUUUUCAAUUCUCAAUUGCACCGAUAAAAACUCGAAAGUUUGGAUACGUUUUCGAGUUUAGUCCUUUUACGAACAUGAAAUUUUAGUUGAGAGAGUUCUAUUUUCUGAAGUCUCACCUAGUAGUUUUACAAUAUGAGAAUGAGAGGAAUUUAUUAUUAGUGUGAAUUAUUCUUUUUCUUAUUUUCAAAUAUACUAACGUAUUUAUUAAAUUUAGGAAGAUGCAGCCUCCACCGAGAAAGAAAUUUUUCUAAAAUGCGUGCUGUUAUUGAAAAAGAUUAUGCUCAGGCUCUGCUAAAACUUGCAACAUCUCAUUUGCAAAAGAAAGGACCAACUGUACCAGAUGGAAAGUCAGAGGAUGGUGAUACUAGCAACACUGUUUAUGGUGUUUGGAAAUCAAUGCUUGAUGAAACUGAGAAAAUUGCAAAAGCUAGGUUAGCUGCAGCUGAAGUAUAUCAACAACAGGUUUCUGAAGGUGCUAAAUCAUUAAGGCUGUAUAAACUACAAGUAGCUAAAAAGUGUUUUGAAAACUUGCGUAAAAUGCAUGAGGAGAUUCAAACUUGCAUAGUUGAAAUAGAUAAAACUAAAAAGCUUUAUUUUGAAGAAGAACACAUGGCACACGAUGCAAGAGAAAAAGCUCAUGAUGCUGAUGAAAAACUUAGAAGAAAAAAAGGACGAAUAUUUCAGUCUAUAUCAUCCUUACAAAAAAAUAGUGCAAAGUUUUCAUUUCGUCGUGAGGCAUGUGACAUUCAAGCUACUAAAGCUCGUAAUGAUUAUGUUUUAGCCUUAAUUGCAGCUAAUGCUCAUCAGACUAAAUAUUAUGAAAAUGAUCUUCCUGAUUUAGUACAGUAUGCUGAUUGUGAUAUUUAUGAUAAAGUUAAAGAAUAUAUUCUGCUGAUUGCUCGCACAGAAUUGUUAACAUGUGCAGCUUGCCAAUCUUCAUUUAGCAUAGUUCAAGAACAAGCUAAUAAGGCAUCUAAACAGUAUACAAUGGAGAGUUUUUUCCAUGAUAAUUCUGUUUUAUCCCAGAAAAUUUUAUAUGAUUUUGAACCUUGUGAUAAUGAUAAAAUCAAUAAACUAUCCAUAGAACAUAAUGCAGCUCUAUGCCUUAGUAAAGAGGCACGAAGAUGGAUUAGUUGUGUUACAAAAGAAGUUAGAGUUAUAAAAGACAGCAAAGAAGAAUUGAGAAAACUUCUUGCCCAAGCGGGUGACAAGCCUCCUUAUACCUUGCAAAGUGAUCAGAUUGGACCACAAGCAGAACUGGAAGCAAGGAUUGAUGAAUUACGUCAAAUCAUACGAAAAUCUCAAACUAGCAAGAAAAAAGCGGAAGCUCGUCUAGAAGCUAUGAAAGAAGCUGGUGUUAAUAUGGAAGAAUGGGUAAGAAGUUCUGAAAGUGAUUCAGUGAGUGUCACAGAAGCUCCUGCAGAGAUCUUUAGUCGAUCGGGUACAGUUACUUCACGAAGUAGCCGCCAAAGUUAUCAAUCAGAAGGUUUUGAUGGCAGUGUUGAAGUGAAUGAUGCUGCUUUCUAUGACAGUGACACAGCAGAGCCUGCAAAUGCUUCUAUGGAGGCAGAAAUCGAAGCACCUUACAUGCCUGAUCUAACUUCCGCUGUUGAUGUUGUAGCAGCCGUGCAAGAGGCUUGGGAUGCUGCAGCAGAAACUGAAGAGAUUGAAGAGCCUGAACCAGAACCACUUUCAGCAAAGGAGAGUCUUGUGAAUGGAGAGGUUUCUGCUCCAGCUCCUGGUCAAAGAUGUGUUGCAUUGUUUUCGUAUGAGGCAACGAAUUCUGAUGAACUUAGUUUUGUUGAACAAGAAGAGUUAGAAUUAAUUAAUGAUGGAGAUGGCGAUGGAUGGGUUAUGGCUCGGAACUAUCGUGGGGAGGAAGGUUAUAUACCUCAAAAUUAUGUUGAAGUUGUAGAAUCCCAGAGUACUGAGACUACCUCUCGUCCUCCAUUGACUUCAUUUUCUUCUGUUGAUUAUACAAUGCCAAAUGAAGAUAAAGAAGCUGGCAUAGAUGUUGAAGGUCAACCUAUUUCAAAUGAUGUGAAUACUGAAAAAGAAGUUAGCGAGCUUACUUCACAAGAGAUACAAAGACCUUUGGAUUUGCCUUCUGCUGAGCGUGUAGCUGUUUGUCAAGCAAUCUAUGAUUAUGAAGCUACCUGUGAUGAGGAAAUAAGCUUCUUUGAAGGACAAAUUAUUAGAAUUAUUCGAAAAGUUGUCUCAGAUGUGGAUGAUGGUUGGUGGGAAGGAGAGCUGGAUGGUGAAAUAGGUCUUUUUCCUUCUUUAGUCGUUGAAGAAUUGAAAGAAAAUGGAGAACCCUUGACACCUUUGACUCCUAUGUCACCUCCAAGUGCUCCACCACCUCCUGCAUUCGCUCCUCCUGAAGCAGAAUUGGUAAUUCCAAUAGCUCAGGUUAUUCUAACUCAACCUACACCAGAAAUUGAAACUGCAGAUGGAAAUGCACCUCAAACUGUUAUGCUAAACAUGGAUGGAGAUUUUCAUAUAGAAUUAAAUAAAAACCAACAAAGUCAGUAUCAGGAUCAGUUUUCAGCAUCUGACAGUGAAUCCAGUGAACAAACUGCCAUGGCCUCUGAAGAAAAUGGAAAAUAUGUUCCUUUGGUUUCCAGUCCUGAUACUCCAGCAAAAACUGUGCCGGAAAAUGCAGAGGAAGCUAAAGAAGCAGUAGCAGAAGAGGGUACAUCAACACCAUCACAAGGCACAGACGAAUGUCCGACAGUAGUUGUUACAGCCAUCACUGGAGGAGACACGCCCGUUUCAGAUGAUGAGGAUAUGGAAUUGAAAGAGAAAGAGGAAGAAGGAAACGCAAAAGAAACUACCCCCAAAGAAAACCCCGAAGAAGUGCCCGAUAAAUUCGAGUGUACUUUUCCGGAUGAUGACGUAUUUUCAAAUCCUCCUGUGCCAAAUGAUGCGCAAAAUCAAAAAGAUGCUAAAAAAGAAGACCAAUCGUGUGUAGAUGUAGAACAGAUUAAGAUGGAUAUAAAUGGUUCUGACAGUGCCAAGAGUGCUUUUGACGAUGCUGGCCAAUCAUCUGAAACUACUGGAUAAUUUUGACUUAAAAUAUUUAGUAUCAGUAAUCAUAAAGGACACUCAUAGUAUAAUGGAAUGAAAGUGGCAAACUUAUGUGUUCUAGGAAUGGCUACUGUACAAGCAAAAGUGGUGUUUUGUUUUCAAAUAUUUGUCAUUACCAUUAUUUGUUAAAGUUUACGAUAUUGUUCAGAAAUUUUGAUUAAAUUAAGAUAUUGUUGAGAUUGUCCUUUGAUGUUAUUAAAUACAUUCAAUAAAAUGUAUCAUUUUCAAGCAGAUUAGAUGUUAAUUAUGUAUGUGUUUCUGAAAAAUCUGAUUAGUAUGACCAUUUUAUCCAAAUUUAAAGCCACUUUUUAAUAACAAUCCUUUUGCUCUUUUCAUAAAACUGUUUUGUAUUCUCAAGUUUUUUAAAAUUAAUAUAUUUAUCUUUUGAGUCAUAUAAAAUUUUUUUCCUCAAUUGUAAAAUUUUUUAAUGAUAUAUACUACUACAGUUUUGCAAUUGUGUGUAAUACCCAUAUUUUCCCCCACUUGUGUACAUAUAAAGUUUUCUUACUAACUAAUAAUUAUACAAAUAGUUUACAUUUCUAUUGAGUCUAAAUCAGUCUUUUUCCCCUCCGUGCUGCUCUGUUUCAUUGCCGUCAUUUUUUUCUUCACAUUUUUAUAAAACUCAUUUAUACUGGGUGAAACUGUGUUUAAGUGCAAUUAAUAUUAAUUAGUACAUAUCUUAAUAAAUCAUUCUUAUAUGAAUAAGUUGCUGGAUAAAUUUAGUAUUUGUUAGUUUUUUUUUUUUUUAAAUUAAAAAAUAGUAUGUACUUGUGACCAUGCUCUGAAAGGCCAAAUUAUUAGAGACAAGACAACCUUUGCUGUUAGGCGUAUUUAUUUUUGCAAAUUUGUGAACUGAAAAAGCCUAUAUGUUAGAUUUAGUAAGAUUUGUUAAGCCUGUAUGCCAUCAGAAUUUACUGUUUAUGAAAAAGAACCAAACAUAAACGAAUUGUGAUUAAUCUCAGAUUACAGUAAAUUCAUGAUAAUGUGAAUAUGGUAGGACUGGUGAAAAAAUUCAAUCUAUCAAAAUUUCAACUUACUGUUUUGAUUCAUGACUUUGAAAUAUCUCAUAGUUAUUUUAAUUAAUAUGCAAUUAUUAGAGAAUUGAGAAUAAUUAAUAUAUUAAAGAGAGUUGUAAAAACUUUCUUGAAAGUUUUGCAGAUCUUUCUCCUAUAAAUUGGCUAAUUAGUGUAAAUUUUCAAGCAUUUUUAAAAGAUCUUGCAUUUUUUUAAAUGUGUGGUGUGAACUUUUUACUAUUUAAUUGUAUUUAUAAAUAUUGAAUUUUAUUUUAAAAUGUAUAAUGCCUUAGUGCCAUUUGAAAUAUUUUGCUGAAAAGGAGGACCAGAAUUUUUUUCAAAGUAUAUAUAUAGUGAAAAACUAGUUUUCCCUCUUUUCAAAAAUGACUCUUUUUUUAAUUUUUUUAUAUUUUUAAUUUUCUUCUAAAAUGUUAUUUGUUUUUCAAAUUCCCUAAUGAUUACUAAGAAUUAUAUUGUAAUGUUAUAGUUACAAGAAUAAAAUAUUGGUAACGAGAACAUUUCUUGCACUUGCAAGGUUAAUAUUAUUAGAACUUAUAUAGUUGAAAGUAUAUUCCAAAAUGUUUGCACAAAAGCAUUGUGUUAUAGGGGUACUUGAUGUUAUGAGAAUUAUUGCGACUGCAAACUGUGUGUUAGAAAAAUAGCAAGGUGCAAUUAAAUAUGCUUUCUAUAUGGAAAAGAAAUGAUGCAAACAAAAUAAUAUCUUUUGUGUUUCUGCAAAUAUAUAUAACAUGGCAGACAUAAUAUGUUGUGAUAUUUGCUUCCAGAUGUAGAUUUUAAUUUUAUAAUGUGUAUACAAGUAGUUCAUUGUGGUUUAUGUAUAUAAAUUCUUUAGUGCAAUAAAACUGAAUUUGAUCUCA